AUGGGUGGAGAUAAAGAAAGAGAUGUCGAAAGAAAAGUUAUAAGUGUUGAAGAAGUUAAUGAUUUGGAAAAUGGAAGAGAAAUUGUUGUUUAUUGUGCUGGCAGUUUAAGAAGCUCUCAUACGGUAACUGUAACUAUAACUAAGGCCUCACCCACUCCCACUCAUGAAUCUGAUCACAUUAGUUGUCCUGUUCGGAAUGAUCGGCGUCGACAUAACCAACAUCACCACGAUUAUGACAAUGAUCAUUGUACAGUCACCUGUACACCUACAACUACUCAAUACUCUACACCAACUCCGAAAUGUUGUGAAGCUCCUGGUGGUCCAGGGUUUCAAAACAAGGCUCAUACUAUAGAUCCUUUAAACGUAGUUGUUAUUCCUAAUAUUGCUAGCGAUAUAGAUUGCUGUAAGGCUUGUUUUGAUAAACCGGAAUGUAUUCAAUGGGCUUUUUUCAGCGGUCAAUGUUCAAGCCAUGAAAAUAAAGUAGAUGUAAAUGAGAUUUGUGCGAAUCCUGUAGUUGAUACCGGAGCUUUUUUCAGUGCUGGAAUUGUUCGUUGUAGUGAUGAUG